UCCUUCACUUCACGUACUACACAAAAACCUUAAUAUUUCUUUCUUCCAAAAACUCAAAACCAUGCAGGCCUAUGCCUACGCAAGGAGUGUUUCAUGGGCCGUACGUGGCCACCAACCAAAACCGCUCCCAUUGAACUCACCAAACCACACAGUCAGAUUCCGAGUCUCCGCCGUAGCCUCCCCACCGCGGCCGCUAAAGCUCCAGCAGCCGACCAUGUCGCCCGACAAAGCAGAGGUGUUCAAGUCACUCGAGAGCUGGGCCAUCCAAUCCAUUCUCCCACUGCUAAAGCCGGUGGACCAAUCCUGGCAGCCCCAAGAUUUGUUACCGGACCCAACCAAGUCCGACGAAGAAUUCUUCGAUCAGGUCCGUACAAUGCAAGAUCGGGCGGCUGAGCUUUCAGAUGAGUACUUUGUUGUGCUGGUCGGGGAUAUGAUCACGGAGGAAGCAUUGCCUACGUACCAGACCCUGAUGAACUCGGUGGACGCUAUUAAGGACGACACUGGGGUUAGCUCAAGCCCAUGGGCUCAAUGGUCCAGGGCCUGGACCGCCGAGGAGAAUCGCCACGGUGACUUGCUUCGAACGUAUCUGUACUUGUCCGGUCAGGUCGAUAUGGUCAUGGUUGAACGGACCAUCCAACACUUAAUUGGAGCUGGCAUGGAGGGAGGGUUCAACAACAAUCCGUACAUGGGUUAUGUAUACACAUCAUUUCAAGAGCGAGCGACGUUUGUGUCGCACGGCAACACGGCCCGUUUAGCGAAAAAGAGCGGGGAUCCACUCUUGGCGCGCAUGUGCGGCACUAUUGCUGCCGAUGAGAAGCGUCACGAGACUGCAUACGUAAAAAUAACGGAGAAGCUUUUAGAAGUCGACCCAAACAACGCCAUGCUUGCGAUCGGGGAUAUGAUGAGGAAGAAGGUCACAAUGCCGGCCUUCCUUAUGUACGAUGGAUGCGACCCCAUGUUAUUCCACCACUUCUCGGCUGUGGCUCAGCGGCUCGGCGUCUAUACAGCUGAUGACUACGCGGACAUCUUGGAGUUCUUAGUCAAACGCUGGAAAUUGGAGAAGAUGGAAGGGUUGAACGCCGAGGCUCGGCAAGCGCAAGACUAUGUUUGUGGCUUGGCGCCGAGGAUUAGGAAGCUGCAAGAGCGAGCUGAUGAGCGAGCUCGGAAGAUGGGGCCUCUUAGUGUCAAAUUUAGUUGGAUUUUUAACAAGGAGGUUCUUGUGUAGAAGGAAUUAAAUUAAACGUUAUCAGGGUUUAAAUAAACGUGAAUUGAUCAUAUGCUCUCGCUUAGUAUGUCGACCUAUGUAGAAGAAAGGUUGUUGUUGGUAGUUAUAUAAUCGUUUCUUCAAUUUGUGUGAGUUCUUAAUUUGUGAGCUUUUUUUAUCGUUUAGUUGUGCAAUGGCUGUAAGGGUUUCAAUAAUAUUUUGUCGUAAUUUGUUGUGAAUUGAUUGAUUCUUGUAUUUA